ACGCUGCCACCGGCAGUGCAUAAAUGGUCUCGGGCCAGCAUUGAUUCUCCACGGAUUGUUGUAGCUGUGAAAGGUGCUGUAAGAUGAGCGAUCCAUCCUUCUAUCGAAUGGUGUCCAUUCAGGCCCUUCAGGGAAGUCGGCAGCGAGUAUUGGUUGUGCAACAGUGCAACGAAGUUGCAGAUUCGUGUACCUUGGUUUAUGAUAGCGCGGGCUGUCUCAGUGUGAUUUGUGAAAAGUCCGAUCGUAGUGCAGUUAUGGAAAACCAAUCUUCUACUCCCGGCUUUGCACGCGAGGAUGACGGUUGCAGUGUGGGUGUAGCGCAUGGUGGGUAUCACAUUCAGCCAUCGUUAGUCUUGAGCGCAUAUGCCAGCGACGACUGCAUGGAUGCAGUCAGGCAACAGUUGAUUCGCCGUGCGCAAGGCAUGCAAUCCUCCACCUCACCGUUGCUGCUUCGCUCCGGUUUGGAGGGAAGUGUUGUUGGUAAGCAACUUUCGGAUGAAUACAUGGCAUCUGCCACUCCUCAUCCGUUGAGCAAUGAGAAUGGUGAGAAAAAGCAGGGGGUCGGGGCAUGUGGCAUGGAUCGGGUGGGGAGGGGGUCCAAGGCGGGUUACAUGUCGGUGUCAACGAUGCUGCAGGAUCCGGGGGCUGAGGAGGAGAGUAGCCCCACUGUGGCUGGCCAGGAAGCCGUUCAGGAGGGGGCGGGUGAAGGCGAAGCACAGGAGGCAGCGGAACAGCGGGCAGCGGGUGGAGAUGCGGGCGCUCCUCGAGGGCCAUCGGCCAGCUCGUCUUCCACUGUCACGGCCGUGACUGAUUCCACACCAGCGAGUAAAAGGACGAAGACUGUCAAUGCUCGCGAACAGACUAUGCACGUGCUGAACACCGCCAUGAGGGAGCAGACCCAGGCUAUUUGCGACUCUGCCAACGAGCAGAGCAGGGUUAGCAACUCUUGCACUGUGACAUAGCUUCACUGCAACACCUUGUCUCAGGACUCUCAGCUAUCUGACCGAGAACUUGCUGGACAAUGACAAAUGAAUGAGCUCACAUGUA